CCAAUAAAGCGAGCUUGGGGGAAAUCUACCCCCUCGUCCGACACAUGACAAUUGCACGGGAGAGCCGAUCCCAGACGCCCCCUCCGCAGCUCGCGACCAGAACGGAGAAUCCCGGGCCGGGUCCGAUCUCCGCGGAAUCCGGGAUCCGCUCGGCGGCUCCACUAUGCCAGUCCCUUGCGCCGGCGGGCGGGGAGGAGACGGCUCCUCCCCGGGGGUGUUCCCGGCACUGGGAGGCCAUAAUUGGAGCGCCCGCUUGCCCUGAGCCCUGAUCCUGGCGCGGGGGUAGGGAUGGCGGGGGCCGCGAGUAGCGCUUGGGUACUUGUGCUCUUCGGGGCGCUGAGCCUGCAGGCCGCUCGGCCAGGUUUUCAGCAAUUAGCGCAACUGUCUUCCUAUGACAUUAUUGUCCCCGAGAGGAUUACUAGAGAACGGCGAGAACUAGCUGGUUCCUCUUUGGCACAGGACAAAUUAUCAUAUGUUAUUGAAGUUGAAGGAAGGAAACAUAUCAUUCACUUAGAAAGAAACAAAGGACUUUUGCCUAAAGACUUCACAGUCUAUACAUACAAUGAAGAUGGAACACUGCAUUCUGAAAUUCCAGAUGUCCAGGACCACUGCCACUAUCAGGGAUACGUUGAAGGAAUGCCAGGUUCUGCAGUUGCUGUCAGCAUUUGCUUUGGACUCAGGGGGCUGCUGCAAGUUGAGAACAUCACCUAUGGAAUUGAACCUAUGGAGUCAUCUUUUGGCUUUCAACACAUCGUCUACCGCAUGGAGAAUGUGAAGACAGAGCCCAUGGCUUGUGGGGUUGCAGAUCCAGAUAGGAAAUGGGAAGCAACAGACCAUUCACACCACCAUGAUGUGUCUCAGCUUCUGAGAAGAAAAAGAGGUGUCCUCCUACAGACAAGAUACGUGGAGCUCUUCAUAGUUGUAGACAAUGAAAGGUAUGUGCAGCUUGGCAAGAAUGAAACUGCUGUGAGAGAAGAGAUGGUGCAGCUGGCUAACUACUUGGACAGUAUAUACAGUAUGCUGAAUAUCCGUGUCGUCUUAGUGGGCUUGGAGAUCUGGACAAAGACAAAUAGGAUCAGCAUAGAAGGAGGUGCAGGGGAUGUUCUUUCUAACUUUGUCCAGUGGCGAGAACAGGACCUAAUCUUGCGCCGAAGACAUGACAGUGCACAGUUUGUUCUAAAAAGAGCGUUUGGUGGAACAGCAGGAAUGGCCUAUGUGGGAACAGUAUGUUCCAAAAGUCACGCCGGAGGGAUUAAUGUGUUUGGACAGAUGAGCGUGCAGAUGUUCGCUUCCAUUGUUGCUCAUGAACUUGGCCAUAACUUGGGAAUGAACCAUGAUGAUGAAAGAACCUGCACCUGUGAAAUAAAGAACUGCAUUAUGAGCUCUGGAGCCUCUGGAGCCAUGAACUUCAGCAGCUGCAGUGCAGAAGACUUUGAAAAGCUAACUCUGAACAAAGGUGGAAGCUGCCUUCUUAAUAUUCCUAGGCCAGAAGAAACCUAUAGUCCUCCAUACUGUGGCAACAAGUUAGUGGAUGCUGGAGAGGAUUGCGAUUGUGGAUCACCAGAGGAAUGUAAAUCCGAUCCUUGCUGUGAACCAGGAACUUGUAAACUCCGCUCAGGAACUGAGUGUGCUUAUGGAGACUGCUGUCUGAACUGUUAUUACCUUUCCCAAGGCACUGAGUGCCGAGAGAGUGCCAGUGAGUGUGACCUCCCUGAGUACUGCAACGGGACGUCCCCAUUCUGCCCACAAGAUGUUGCCAUGCAGAAUGGGCACCCAUGCCACAACGACGAAGCUUAUUGCUACAAUGGGAUGUGCCAGUAUUACGACGCACAGUGCCAGGCCAUCUUUGGCUCAAAGGCAAAGACCGCCCCUGAGGUUUGCUUUUCGGAAGUGAAUUCCAAAGGCGACAGGUUUGGAAACUGCGGUUAUCAUGGCCACGACUACAAGAAAUGCUCAAGCUGGAACGCCAUGUGUGGGAAGCUGCAGUGUGAGAAUGUGAAAACUCUCCCAGUCUUUGGGAUUGAGCCUGCUAUUAUUCAGUCUCGCAUCAAAGGCAGCGUCUGUUGGGGAGUGGACUUCCAGCUGGGGUCAGAUGUACCAGAUCCAGGGAUGGUGAAUGAAGGCACAAAAUGUGCCCCUGGAAAGAUAUGUAAGCACUACCAGUGCGUAGAUGUAGCUGUUCUGGGUUAUGACUGUGACAUACAUGAUAAAUGUAAUGGACAUGGGGUGUGCAACAGUAAUAAGAACUGCCACUGUCAUCCAGGAUGGGCUCCCCCCUACUGUGACUCCAAAGGCUACGGGGGCAGCGUGGACAGCGGUCCUACGUAUAAUGGAAUGGACGAGACAACAAAAAAUUGGGUAUUUGGAUUCUUCUUCGUAGUGGUUCCUAUACUGCUCAUUCUGCUGUUCUUUCAUUUAACAAAAGACAGUUGGGUUCAUUCCCUAAUGCCACUGGUAGAGCAAUGUAGAUGUUGGGGUGAGCCAACAGUGAUUGCAACUCCAGAGCCUGUACACACGGAAUACCCACCGAGUCUUCCCUAUUCUCCAAGGCGUGCAUCUGUUCAAAUGAACUUGCAUCCAAAUAAAUGCCAUGUGCCAUCAUACACAGUUAAUCCGCAGCCUGAUUGUGAGCCUGGUAGUUACACUUCUCCUCUUCCUUCUCUGCAGCACAUGGAACAGCAGUGUAUACCGCAGAGGCCUCCACCACCAGUGCUGAAGAAGACAGCUCAGGAACACUAUCACCCUUCUCGGCCAGCACCAUUGCCACCUGUAUAACUUUCAGUUUUCUUUCAUGAACUGACCUGUUCACCAGGAUGGAGCUUUAUCUGUCUUGCAUCAAGUGGCCCUUGUAACUCUUCCUUCUCCCUUGGCACUGGAUAAGGAAAACAAUGAAAUGCAAAACCAAGGAAUGUAAACUAAUCAAGCGAAAAUACCUCUACCAAAGCUGCAGAAACUGAAAUGAGCAAGCCUGUGAAGACUGUCUGUACAAACUGCAGUGGGCUGGACCGGUUGAAAGCGGAUCAGUCUAAACAUUUUUUUGGUGUAACUAUCUCUUCAUUCUUAUGAUUAAAUUUAAUCACAGGAAACUCAUAUUUAUUCACAAAGCAUAACAAAUGGGUGAAGAAGUCAGCAUUGCUAGCUCUGGGUUGGGGAAUACCUGGAGCUUUUGGGGAUGGGGCCUGAGGAAAACAGGAUUUGGGGAGGGGAGGGAUUUCAAUGGGGUAAUUUUUAGAGCCACAGUUUGGAAAACCCCUCAUUGCGUUUAAUCCAAAUUUACUUUUGUUGAAUGGGUCAAGCUCUGGAACAGACAGUCCUGCAAGUUUGAAACAGAACUUGGCUGUGGACAGUACAGCCACCUACUUUCACCAUCUCCAGAGAACUUCUGCACUUUUAAGAAAACAGUUUCCUUUAUAAUGGGCAGUCCAGCUGAAGCAUAGGGAGGAGGCACAAGGCAGAUGGUGGAACCAGCAUUUGACUUGUUAGAAUGUAUGUCAUUCAGAUUGAAAACCAGGUUUGCAGUGUAGCUGAGGGACCUGCUAUGACUUCUCUUUUCAUGUAACAUCUGUCUUCACCCAUAGUUGCUGUAGGGGCCGGCAUGAAAAAUUGCAAAUCAAAGUGGGCCAAUACGUUGUUGUCAAAGGCAGCGUAAAAUUCUUCAAAUGUUUCUGUCUUGCGGCAACCAGAUUUGUCAUUUCUGUGCACGUGGCUAAAAGGCAUAUGUUGACGUGCGAAGCAAAAUUAGUCUGCUUCUCAAAGGAAGAUGAAAUGUGUUUUUAAUGUGCUUGCACCCGUUUUAAUGGUAUGUGAGACAGUGUUCAAUUUUAUGUAUAGUAUUAACAUAAAAACAGACGAUUUUAUGCUGGCUGACACUGAACUGUAGAUAAUAAAGGAUGUUAGGGAAAUUUAACAUUUUUGUUAACAAAUAGAAGCACAACAAAUGAUUCUAAUUUACCACUAAUCAUUUAUCAAAAUUAAGAUAUGAGAAAGUUACCUUCCUUAGGUCUAAACAGGGGGUGAGGUAGGUUCACAAGGCACUUCUAUUCAUCUCCUAUGAACUCGCUGGAAUCCUAAGCAUUCUAGCUUUGAAUUUUUAAAAUAAGUAUCUAUCUUUCACGAUUGCAGAGGAAUGCUUAAAAAUGUGAUGACAGCCAGUGCUGAAGAACUGGAACUGAGAAAAAUAAAGUAAAAAGAAGCACAAAUUCAUUGCAAGUCAGUUCCCAUGGCUCCAGUGUCUGUGUAUCAAGACUUUUUUCAGGGCUGUUUUGUAUUUUUCAUUUUUGGGGAUAGCAGCUUCCAAAUCACUCUACUGUAGAGCUGUCAUGUGUCUCCCAACUACAAUUUGGCAUUGAUCAGGUUCACAAAAAAUGCUAUGCAAAUGAUGCUAAUGACAUGAAAUUAAAGUAUGCAAAUUAGCAGCAGCCUUUCAGCUUACCAUAGAUUUCUUCCAUGUGGCCUUCAGCAGUCCAUGCCAAGAUAAUACUGUUAAUUUUUAGGUAUAUUACAGUAAAUGUGUGGUUUGGAUGUAACAGCUGGUGACUGAGCAUAUUAACCUGGUGGGUAGUAUGGGCUGUCUCUGGCUAUCCACAUUCUCGAACUCUGCACAAUUAUUGUAAUAUAUUUAGUCUGAGAGCAUCGGUAUUGGUGCAAAAUUCACUUUUAUGUAAUGCCCUUGAAAAUGUUAUGAGCACUUUAACCUCUAGCAGCCUGCUGAAGAAUUCAGUAUACAUAUCUUUUUGAAAAGUGUUGCUUUUUUUUUGUCAGGAUGUUUACACUGGCUAAAUCUUUUGGAUUGAAUUGCAGUCAAUCUUUGCACCAUUGAUUAAGCCAGAUUUUUAAAUUAUAUCUGCUAAAAAGAUUUCCGUUAGACCAGGAGGUGUAGAUUGAUAUUUUACUGAGGUGAUGGGACAUCUUGGUGGCUAUACAUAGAUAUAGUAUAUUGUUUGUUCAUAAUGGGUAACGACUGUUAAGAAAGACACGUUUGCUGCACUAGCUACCGUGAGUGAAAAAAAAAAUACUUACUAAAUUAUAUUAAGACAUUCCCAUUUAGCAGUAGCUGUUUGGCAUAAACUUGUUUGGUAAAUUCCUCUAUAAUUCUUGCCAAAAAGUCUUUAAUGGUGUUUGUAUAUAUUCACGUAUAUGUCUGCAUUUGCAAUAAUAAAAUACUUGAACUAU